AUGCCCAAGCAGAAGAGAUAUUCGACAACGGGAGGCCUUCACCGCGAGGAUUCAGACGAUGAACUCGGAUAUGAAGAUCACCCCUGGGAAUGGAUUUAUGAAGACAGCGGUGACACAAACCCGCAGGAGGAUGAUUCCACGCCCUCGAAGAAGCGAAAAGCAAAUGUUCUCACCACCAAAAAGGCAGCCAUUGUGGGUGCCCGCAUGGGCUCCUUCUCAGUGCGAAUAGGCGACUCGGUGCUGCUGAAAUCUCCCGAGCAGGGGAAAGAUUGGGUGGGAUUGGCGUGCUCGUUCUCCGACACCAACGAAGAUGACGAGGACGAAAUGUGCGUCUGCAUUCAGUGGUUCUGUACCCCGGAGGAGUUGAUGUUCGGGAAACGCUCAAAAAUCCCGAGCAAUGUGUUGCCCAACGAAUCAUACAUCACGGCAGACUUCAACAUGAACCCAUUGACAGCCAUAAAUGGGAAAGCCACGGUUUUGUCGAAAGAGGCCUUUUUCAAGAGAUAUCCUGGCGGAGAACCACCAAAGUCCAAGUCAGCUGCCAACCGCUACGCCAAGACGAUUCUGUGUCGGCGAGGGGUCAAGCAGAGAACGGUGCGAUUCACCGAGGACUUUGUGUGGGAAGAGAUCUACAAGGGACCGGAAGACCUCUUGGACUUGAUUGAUUGGAUCAAAGAGCAAACCAAGGGCCGGAAGAAACAGACUGUAAAAAGUGAGGAUGUGGACUAUGAGCAGCAAAAGGAGACGGCCGACGACGAGCCCCGGACGCCUCACAAGAGGAGGAAAACGACGGCGACAAUUUCCACCCCGAAAUCUUCGGCCAAGGCAUCCAAGUACAGCACGCCGACACAUAAACGGAUCAUGAUCAAGAAGCCUAUAGAGAUCACCCCACUGGGGACUCGAGUCCUGUCCCCUUCUCAGUACAAGUCGACACCCUACUCUCACGCCCGAGCAACACUGCACGUUUCUGCUGUCCCGACGUCUCUCCCUUGCCGCUCCAAUGAGUUCCACACGGUCUAUUCUCAUCUCUACUCGGCCAUUGUGGACGGGUCCGGAGCAUGUAUCUACAUCUCCGGGACCCCCGGGACGGGCAAGACAGCCACAGUACGGGAGGUAGUCGCGUCGCUGCACGAAGCAGUCCUCAAUGAAGAACUAGACGACUUCAACUUUGUCGAAAUCAACGGCAUGAAGGUCACAGAGUCGCAACAAUCCUACUCACUCCUAUGGGAAGCGCUCAAGGGCGACCGCGUCAGCCCGCACCACGCAUUGAGCCUGCUGGAGCAAGAAUUCUCGCAGCCUUCGCCGCGGCGGAUCCCCUGCGUCGUGCUGAUGGACGAGCUGGACCAGCUCGUGACCAAGAGCCAGAGCGUCAUGUACAACUUCUUCAACUGGCCGGCCAUGCGGCAUUCGCGCCUAAUCGUUCUGGCGGUCGCCAACACCAUGGAUCUCCCCGAGCGGACGCUGUCGAACAAGAUCAGUUCGCGACUCGGGCUGACCAGGAUCACGUUCCCGGGAUACACGCACACGCAGCUGAUGGAGAUUAUCUCCUCGAGGCUGGAAGGUGUCCCGGGCAACAUUGUCGAUAAGGACGCCGUGCAGUUCGCCAGCCGCAAAGUCGCAGCCGUGUCUGGUGAUGCUAGGCGGGCUCUCGACAUUUGCCGGCGCGCGGUGGAAAUCGCAGAACAGUCUCAAGAGAAGCAGAAUCCCGCCUCUGCGGAUGCCAACGACGAAGACGUCGUCCAGAUAGUAACGACCCCGAGCCGCAGAGGCAGGAACAUCCCCAAGGACAAAGAUAAUGCGAAUGGGCGGGAACACGAGCCUCCACAAACACGACUAGCGAGGGUGACGAUCGCGACCAUCAAACAGGCCAUCAACGAAGCCACCUCGUCCCCCAUCGCGCAGCACCUGCGUUCUCUGCCCUUGGCCGCGAAGCUCCUCCUCGCCGCGAUAUCGGCACUCACUCGACGCACGGGCGUGGUCGAGUCCACGAUGGGCGACAUCUCCGCGGAAGCGCUGCGCAUCGUCGCGGUCGCGGACAACAAUGCCGUGCAGGAUUUCCUGCGCGCCGAAGCAGAGGGGGGAAAAGAAGACGAUGAUGAUGCUGCAGCAGCACCAACAGGAAAACGCGCCUCUGGUUCCCUGAUGCCCCGUAUCCUGGCGCUCGGAGGGGCCGCCAUGGCGCUGGUCCAGGCUGGCGUCAUCGCCAUGGAGACCAGGGGGAAGGGGGAGAGGGCGGUAAAAGUCAGAUUGCGCGUGGGCGAGGAAGAAGUCAAAAGCGCCUUGAUGGGGGACCCUGAGGUCAAGGGACUGGGGUUUCAAUAA